AUAUCGUACACAGAGGGUGUGCUACAGUACAGCUGUAUGAUAUUCAUACGCCAUGUUUACAUUUUGGAUGUGUAUAAUUAUAUCAAUAUCAACCAGGAUAGAAUUUUAAGGUCGUAAAUCAUCCUCGCCCUGAUAACUUGUUGUAGGUAUGGAGGCAAUUACUACAGACUCAGAAAUCUGACAAAAUAGACAUACAAAACAGUUGGAAGACAACAACAUUCCUCGCUAAUGUACGAUAACAUGUUGGACUCGGCAUGAUAACUUACUAUUCAGUCAAAGGAUUAAACUUUAUGUGAAAUUUGGUCACUCACAUUCGUGAACUAGAGACAACAUGUUAAAGUGUGUACAAGGUCGUCGCCGUCUCCUGAAAUUGGUUUCUAGAUGUUCAUCGGUUGGAUUUACAUUCCAGACAGGUUGGGUCAUUUUCAACAUGUUUUGGUUCUGGUAUAUUCCCCAGGGCCGGCUGUUCCCCUGAUCACACCGCAAACAUGUCUCUUCGACCGACAUCUUGAUCGUCAUCAGCCAUUUUCAUCAGGAACACCUGUUUCUCCAUCAGCGAAUACCGUCAACAUAGUGGACGACGGACGAAAAGUGGAAAUAGUAUGGAACGACUGCAAAACGUCGAGAUUUCAUGCCGUGUGGUUGAGACACCAUUGUCAGUGUGAAGAAUGUUUUGAUGCAGAAAUCAACCAGGUGUUGAUAGAAAUAGACAAGCUGCCACUUGAUAUCAAAGCGACGAACGUCAGAAUAACAGAAGAUGGGAAAGUUUGGGUAGAAUGGAAUGGAAAUCACAUUGGAGAGUUUAGUACAGCUUUCUUGAGGAAGCAUUGUUACUCUGGAGACAGUUUAACGCAGAAGAAAGCUUCCCUUAAGACGUCGUUAUACACAAAGCCUACCUUGGCGAGUGUCACGUGGACUGACUGUGAAACAGAUGAAAAACACAUAUACAGAUUAUUGAAGGAUAUAAACGACCAUGGUUUGGCAAUGGUCAAAGCAGCUCCUACUACAAAAGAACUGUUAACAGAGUUCGUGCCAAAGCAUAUGACGUCACUGUGGGAUAACACAUAUGGAAAGCUUUAUGACGUGACGUAUAUGGAAAAAGCGACCAAUUUAGCCUACACGCAGAAAGCGUUGCAGUUUCACAUGGAUUUGACGUUUUACGAGUCAACCCCCGGAAUACAGUUUCUCCAUUGUCUUAAAUUUGAUGAAUCUCUCACUGGUGGAGAAACCACCUUUGUUGACAUGUUUGCGGUUUGUGAGGAAUUAAGACAAACAAAUCCAGCUGAAUUCAAGACGCUGUGUUCUGUACCGUGUACUUUUUCCAGGGAUCAUUCAUCAAGAGAUCACCCAGUUCACUUGGGAAUACAAAGACCAAUAAUAAAUUUAAACAGAGAGAAGGAGAUAAUUGGAGUGUUCUGGAACCCGAGUGUAGUUGGUGUACAGGGAAUACCUGAGGAUGACGUGGCAGAUUAUUACAAAGCGUACCAAUUGUUCGCCAGAGCAAUAAAAAACUUCCACACAAAAAAUGAGGUUCGCCUCCAGCCUGGAGACAUCGUUGCAUUUAACAACAGAAGGAUGGCGCACAGUCGAAACUCGUUUGGUGUUGGCAGUGGACAUGGUGAGCGGCACUUUCAGGGUUGCUACAUAAAUAUUUGUGAGUAUAAAAGUCGCCUGAUCCACCUCUCCAGGAAGUUUGGCGAUGAUUCAGCCAUUAAACGGGUCGGUAACAUGGAUUGGACUUAGGACUGAAGGUCAAACUUUGGACACAAACAACACAAAUAAAGUUUGAGAAUUUUUACGCAGUAAUCUUGAUCAUAAGUUGACAAUAAUUGAUUGGUGCUUUACAAUGUAUUUAAGCAUGGUAUCUACCUUUUAAUCCUAGAUACAUCUACCCUUCUAUUUGCUUGUUGGAACCCCAUUCACGAAGCGCAAAUUUGUUUUCUUGCGACAGAAAUAUAAAAUCUGCUGUAAAAUCGUAUAUUUUUGUGGGGCUGAAAAUUCAUGGUCACAGUUUCGUUGGUACUUUACUUCUUCGUGGGUAAAUCUUGCUCAUGGCAACCAGAAAUCCAUUAUUACUAUAAUUCUUUUUAAUUUAAUGUAACCACCACAAAUAUUAUUGAUUUAGCAGCACCUUACUGUAUGUAUCCUGUACUACGUCCAGGGAGCCAACGUAUUCUUAUACAUAAUUAAGAGAUGGGAUUAAUACACGACAAUUAACGACAUUGGUUAAUAAUUUAACUUAACAGCAGAAGGUAUUAACGACAUUGAUUUAUAAUUUAACUAAACAGCAGAAGGUAUUAACGACAUUGGUUUAUAAUUUAACUAAACAGCACGAGGUAUUAACGACAUUGGUUUAUAAUUUAACUAAACAGGGAAAGGUAUGGGGGUGUCUUAGGUUUAAGGCAUUUUGUAAUGAUGUGUUAUAUAAAAAUACAGUCAUAUUUUGACAUUUGCAAAUUAUAUGCUUAUAUUGAUUAUUUAACAAAUGUUUUAUUUGGCGUAUUAGUUGUCGUUGGAGCAUGGAUUUAAACGGGAUUCGAUAUAGAUACAUUAAAUACAGAUUUUUAUAUUACUAAUAAAAGAAAAUUUGUAAGUACGUGAAUAAUGUUGAUGAGGAUACCGGUUUUCAUUAGCACCGUAGGUUGUAAAAACGCACGCACUGAAUUCGAACAAUACGAUCUAUUUGAUAUAUACAUGGUUGUACGAAAUACAUGACGUAUAUGGGUGAAAUAAACAGAAGCUGAUAAAAGUA